GCACUAGUGCAGAUUGUGUACAGGGCUGUAGCUUAUGAGCGACAAGGAGGACACUGGAGAGGACGACCUAAGGGUCUUGCGAUCGGCUAGACGCCCAUUAGGACCAGAGGGCGACAGAUAUUUGUUUCGCCAGCUCAGGGAGAGGCAGCAGCAGCAGAGGACGGCUAGAGCAGCAGACGCUAGCAGGGCACUUGUGAGUGAGGCCGCAGCUUCGGAAGCCAUGGCCACUUCUGCGCAGCAGACUACUCAGGCCGGUAGUUCAGGGUCUGUUGGGUCAACGGUCGCGCAGACCCAGAGUCAGUCCGCUGGCGUAAUGGCAAGCCAGCCACUAGUGUUGACGCCCGAUGAGAUCGCCAUACAACAAGCAGCAUUGCAGGAGGCACAACUACAAAAGGCGUUAGGAGAUAUAAAAGCGGAGAAAGAAAGAAUGAUUAGAAGAAGAGCCAGGAUGCAACGGAGACAAGCGGACGUUAGUGAGUUAGAGGAGAUGGACCUGACGCACGUGACUGAUGAGGUGAGGAUCGUACGGUCCGUCCUGCUGAAUGUAGUUGAGAUGCAGGACCAUCAGACAGCCAUCCUUCAGGACAUCCAGGAAAGUCUGGCCCUGUUGGUUGGGCAAGCGCAGGCAAAGUCGCCAAUGUCCGGGCCUGGUGCCUGGCCCGUUGUACAGCCUCCUCCUUUUGUCCCACCGGUGACUGGGGUAUCCCCAUAUGUAGUCCCAUCACCGGUUGCGAUCGUUUCCCUGGGCAUGCCGCUAUCAGGAGGGAUCACAGCAGGAUCUAGUUUGCAGGUUCCGGUUCAGACAGUGUUUACCCAAUCUCCGUUGCAAGUUGCGGUCACCACGCAGCCUGCAGUCUCGCAACCUGUACAGCCGCAGGGUACACAGCCCCAACAGCUGGCACAGCAACCUGUGUCACAGGGUCCACAACCCGGAGUGAUGCAAGGACCGGGACAAACACAGUGGGUUCCAAAGACGGCCAUCGCCCCUCCGAAACCCUUCACAGGGGAUAAGAGAGGUGAAGACCUCGACACGUGGUUGAGGGCAGUGCCAGUCUAUGUCAGGUGUAAACUUACCUUGCUGCACGAAGAAGUGCUUGUGGGUGCCUCCUACCUAGAGGGUAGUGCAGCAAGAUGGUUUAGUGGUUUAGUGCAGCUCCAGGGGUAUGGUCAUGACUUUCGCACUUGGGCGGUCACCCAGAAAUUGGAUGACUUCCUUAAGCUGGUGGAGGAAAGGUGGCAUGAUCCUCAGGAGGCCCAAAGGGCCACUGACGCGAUCCUGACACUGCACACGCGGCAGUUCAAGUCAGUAAGGGAAGCCACCGACGAUGUUGAGCGUCUGAUCUGUGUCCCUGGGGUGCGCUAUGACCCCCAGGUUUUACUCACCUCAUACCUGAGAUGCUUCUCUUUGCCUCUCAGGAACCAGUUGGCAGGUGAGGCAGACAUCAAUAUGCACAACUUUCCUUCGUUUAGCAAGAAGGCCCUAGACCUUGAGGCGAAGAUAGGGCAUGGACAGGCACCCACUACGGAUGGAAGGAGGAAGACACUGCCUCCUAACUGGAAGGCGAAAGGGCGCAUCAUGUUUGUCGAUAACGAUGGUUCAACCAUCGAAUUAGACGAACACUUCUAGGAAGGAGUAGGUUCAGAGGCUGGCGGCGCAGAAGCUUCAGAG